AAUGGAUAGUGAAGAAACAGCUUUAUUGUUAUUAGACAAAAGAAAGAAAAAAAAUGAUCAUCCUUACACUUCAGCCAACUUUUUAUCCAAGUUUUUUCUAUGUUGGCUCAACGACCUGUUUAGAGAAUCUCAUAAAAGGAGAUUGACCGAUAAAGACGUUUUCCCUCUCCUUCCUGAAGAUGAAAUUGAAAGUCAUUAUGAUGAAAUCAAGAACUAUAAACCAAGUAAAGGGCAUUUAAGAGUGUUCAAAGCGUUUAUUUGGGUAUUAAGUCUUCAGAAAAAGAACGUUUUCCUAUUCUUGAUUUGCCAUAUAAUAGCAGUUGUCAUUGUUGCUAUUGUUGCACUAAUUUUUUGGGCAAUAGGAUUAUCUCUAUCAUUUUAUGAAGGUGUUCAACGCCAAAGGAUAAAUAGGGCAACAGAUAAAAGAAUUGAAAUGAUGGGUGAAAUAAUUCGAGGAAUGAAAAUUAUAAAGAUGAAUGUUUGGGAAAAGGCUUUUGGACAAACUAUUGCAAAAUUAAGAAAAUUCGAACUUAGUUGUUAUAGAAAAGCCUAUUUCUUUAGAUCUUUAUAUUUUUCUUUAUUUAUUACUUGUGCUAAAAUUCUCUUCUUGACAACAUUUUUUUCGUACUGGAAACUACAGACAAAUCCCCAAACUCUUUCUUUAUCAACGACAUUUAUGGCAAUGUCACUUCUAAAUGUGCUGUACUUUCUCUCACUAUCCAUCUACACGAACAAUUUCAGCUAUUUCAUUCAAGUUCAUGAGUCUCUUCAGAGAAUAUUGGAUUUCAUUCAAGAACCAGAUUUUGUAAAAAGAGAAAUAAAACCAAACGGAAAUGUUUUAUAUGUCAACAAUCUUUCUGCCAGUUGGCAAACCCAGGAAAACGAUUAUUCAGAAUACACAAUUCAAAAUAUUACCUUUUCCAUUGAAGAAGGACAAGUCUUAAUCAUUACUGGAGAAGUUGGAUCUGGAAAGACGGCUCUCCUCCAAUCUCUAAUGGGUGAAUUAUCUUUAUCCUCCAAUACCCAAUUCAAUAACAGCUUCCAAUACGCCUAUGCUGCUCAAGAACCUUGGAUAUUUCACGGUACUAUCAAGGAGAAUAUCUUGUUUCAUUCGGAUUAUGAUGAGGAACGCUACAAAACAGUUUUAAACGUUUGUUGUCUGGAAAAGGACUUGGAACGUUUCCCGAAUGGUGAUUUAUCAUUCGUUGGGGAAAAGGGAGUAACACUAAGCGGAGGUCAAAGAUCAAGAAUAUCUCUAGCAAGAUGUGUAUAUAAAGAGGCGGAUGUAUAUCUCUUGGAUGAUCCACUAAGUGCAGUAGAUCUAAAAGUUGGAAAAGGAUUAUUCUACGAUUGUAUAAGGACGUUUCUGAAAGAUAAAAUAGUUAUUCUCGUUACUCAUCAUUCGGCAUAUUUCGAAAGAGCAGAUAAAAUACUUAUACUCAAUAAAGGAAAAACGAUAUUCUUAGGAGAUUAUGAAAACUUUCAGAAACUUGAAAAUGAUAUUAAUUUAUCUUAUUUGAAGGAAGAAGAUAGCAAAAUUUCUGUUGAUAAGUUUCUAAUUAAAGAUAAGGGUACAGAAGAAAAUGAAGAAACUUUUAGGGUUAAUUUAUCAGAUAUGAAAGCAUAUCGUACAUAUUUCACAAGUGGAAAAAAUCUGCUUUUAAUAUCUACAAUAUUCUUUUCAUUACUUAUUAAUCCAUUGAAAAUUUAUUCAGACUAUCUUUUAUCAACACUAACAACUAAUAGUGAUAAAGAUAAAACGUCUCAAGAAACUAUUUUCAUCACUUAUUUAUGUUUACUGUUUGCCAUAUUCAUUGUUGAUUUUCUUCGAAACUAUUUAGCUUUAUCGUUUACAACAAGCGCUGGAGAGAAUCUUCAUAAUAAACUCUUCCAAAGAGUUUUAAAUUCAAAGUUGGACUUUUUUAGUAAAACUCCAUCGGGGAAUAUAUUGAAUAGAUUUUCUAGAGAUUUACUAUUUAUUGAUGAUAAACUUGCGGUUACUUUUCAUUGGGCAAUUUUUGUAUCUUUUGAUAUUGUAGUGUACAUGAUACUGAGUAUAGUAGCUGUUUACUGGAUGAUUUUUGUUAUAAUACCUAUAGUCAUUGUAACGAUGUAUCUUGCAUAUUACGCUAUUAGGCUGACAAAAGUUGUUAAAUGGUUAGAAGCGGCUAAGAGAAGCCCUUUCUAUUCUCAUAUAUCUGAUACAUUAGAUGAUAUUGUUGAAUACUAUGAAUGGCUAGUAAGGCAGAUUACUGAAUUCGAAAAUUAUAUGACAUCAGUAACGAGGAUAAUAGAAUAUUCGAAUUUAGAAUUGGAAAAAUAUGACUCUAAUCGCGAUAUUGUCGUGCCUAGUGAUUGGCCGAAAAGUGGACAAUUAGAAUUUAGGAAUGUUUAUCUUUACUAUGAUGGAUGCGAAAAAGCGGCUUUGCAAAACAUCAAUCUCACUUUUCAACAUAAUCAAAAGAUUGGCGUAAUUGGUAGAACUGGAUCCGGUAAAAGUUCUUUAAUCGCCGCUCUUCUUCGUCUAUAUGAACCACAAGGUGAAAUUGUAUUGGACGGUAUAGAUUUAACAAAGUUACCUUUAGGAAAAGCGAGAUCUGGUAUUUCAGUAAUUCCCCAAGAACCUUUUCUUUUCAAUGGCUCCAUCCGAAAGAAUAUUGACCCUUUCGAUGAAUUUGAAGACGAAGAAAUUUGGACAGCUUUACAUAAGACUCAAUCAGUUGAUAAAUUCGCGAAAUCAGUAGAUAAAUUGGACUUUCCAAUCCAAGAAAGGGGAAAUAACUUAAGUGUUGGUGAAAAACAAUUAGUGUGUUUAGCUAGAGCGAUGUUAUCAAAACCAAGAAUAUUAGUUAUGGACGAAGUAACAGCGAACAUUGACGAAAAGAUUGAUAAAAUCAUUCAAGAAACGUUGAUGGAACAUUUUACGAAUUGUACAAAAAUCGUAAUAGCUCAUAGAUUGAAAACUAUUAUUGAUUCGGAUGUUAUCGUUGUGCUACACGACGGCGUUGUUCGACACGAAAAACACAAAUCUGCUUACUCUUCAGCUAAUUUUUUAUCAAAAUUUUUUCUAUGCUGGUUAAAUGGCUUCUUUCGAGAAUCUCAAAAAAGGAGAAUAACCGAAGAUGAUGUCUCCACUCUUCUUCCAGAAGAUAAAAUCGAAACGCAAUACGAUUACAUUAAUUAUUUUUACUUUUUUGGCACUGUUAUAGGAGCUAAAAACAGAGCAACAUUUUCAACUAUGGUAUAUUCAAAGAUAUUAAGAAUUUCUACUUCGUCGACGAAAGAUUUUACUAAUGGGCAUAUCACAAAUCUACUCUCUUCUGAUGUUGAAAAAAUACCAAUGACUGAUGCAUUUCUCUAUAUUCUCUCAGUUCCAGUUCUAUCCGUUGCUAUUCUCUUAAUUUUAUCUUCAGUUUUGGGUUGGAUAGUAACUUUAAUAGCUUUAGCUACAAUAACCUUUUGGGCAAUAGGUUUAUCUCUAUCAUGUUAUGAAGGUGUUCAACGCCAAAGGAUAAAUAGGGCAACAGAUAAAAGAAUUGAAAUGAUCGGUGAAAUAAUUCGAGGAAUGAAAAUUAUAAAGAUGAAUGUUUGGGAAAAAGUUUUUGGACAAACAAUUGCAAAAUUAAGAAAAUUCGAACUUAGUUGUUAUAGAAAAGCCUAUUUCUUUAGAUCUUUAUAUUUUUCUCUAUUUAUUACCAGUGCUAAAAUCCUAUUCUUGACAACAUUUUUAUCAUAUUGGAAGUUAUCAUCAAAUCCACAACCGCUCACUUUAUCUACAACAUUCACCGUAAUGUCAUUCUUGAACGCCUUAAUCUAUAUAGUCAUGUCAUGCUAUACAACUAAAUUAAGCGAUUUCAUUCAAGUUCAUGAGUCUCUUCAGAGAAUAUUGGAUUUCAUUCAAGAACCAGAUUUUGUAAAAAGAGAAAUAAAACCAAACGGAAAUGUUUUAUAUGUCAACAAUCUUUCUGCCAGUUGGCAAACUCAGGAAAACGAUUAUUCAGAAUACACAAUUCAAAAUAUUACCUUUUCCAUUGAAGAAGGACAAGUCUUAAUCAUUACUGGAGAAGUUGGAUCUGGAAAGACGGCUCUCCUCCAAUCUCUAAUGGGUGAAUUAUCUUUAUCCUCCAAUACCCAAUUCAAUAACAGCUUCCAAUACGCCUAUGCUGCUCAAGAACCUUGGAUAUUUCACGGUACUAUCAAGGAGAAUAUCUUGUUUCAUUCGGAUUAUGAUGAGGAACGCUACAAAACAGUUUUAAACGUUUGUUGUCUGGAAAAGGACUUGGAACGUUUCCCGAAUGGUGAUUUAUCAUUCGUUGGGGAAAAGGGAGUAACACUAAGCGGAGGUCAAAGAUCAAGAAUAUCUCUAGCAAGAUGUGUAUAUAAAGAGGCGGAUGUAUAUCUCUUGGAUGAUCCACUAAGUGCAGUAGAUCUAAAAGUUGGAAAAGGAUUAUUCUACGAUUGUAUAAGGACGUUUCUGAAAGAUAAAAUAGUUAUUCUCGUUACUCAUCAUUCGGCAUAUUUCGAAAGAGCAGAUAAAAUACUUAUACUCAAUAAAGGAAAAACGAUAUUCUUAGGAGAUUAUGAAAACUUUCAGAAACUUGAAAAUGAUAUGAAUUUAUCUUAUUUGAAGGAAGAAAUGAAUAAUCCGCCUGAAAGGUUGGAAGCUAUUGAAGAGAGUCCCGAAGAAGGAGAAAACAGUUUACGAUUGGGUUUAUCGGAUAUGAAAACAUAUCGAACAUAUUUUACAUCGGGAAAUGUGUUUUUCUUAAUAACAGCAGUAGCGUUGUCUAUAGUAAUCAAUCCAUUAAGAAUAUAUUCUGAUUAUUUAUUGACAACUCUAACAACUAAUUCUGAUAAAGACAUGUCAUCUCAAAAAACUGUUUUCAUUACCUAUUUAAGUUUACUGUUUGCCAUAUUCGUAGUUGAUUUUCUUCGAAACUAUUCAGCUUUAACAUUUACAACAAGUGUUGGAGAGAAUCUUCAUAAUAAACUCUUCCAAAGAGUUUUAAAUUCAAAGUUGGAUUUUUUCAGUAAAACUCCAUCGGGGAAUAUUUUGAAUAGAUUUUCAAGAGAUUUACUUUUUAUUGAUGAUAAACUUGCGAUUACUUUUCAUUGGGGAUUAUAUGUUUCUUUUGAUAUCUGCAUUAAUAUGAUCCUGAGCAUAGUAGCUGUAUAUUGGAUGGCUUUUGCAAUAAUCCCAAUUUUCGUUGCAACAGCUUUCGUGACCUUUUAUGGAUUAAAACUUACAAAGAUGAUGAAAUGGUUAGAAGCGGCUAAGAGAAGCCCUUUCUAUUCUCAUAUAUCUGAUACAUUAGAUGAGGUUGUUGAAUACUAUGAAUGGCUAGUAAGGCAGAUUACUGAAUUCGAAAAUUAUAUGACAUCAGUAACGAGGAUAAUAGAAUAUUCGAAUUUAGAAUUGGAAAAAUAUGACUCUAAUCACGAUAUUGUCGUGCCUAGUGAUUGGCCGAAAAGUGGACAAUUAGAAUUUAGGAAUGUUUAUCUUUACUAUGAUGGAUGCGAAAAAGCGGCUUUGCAAAACAUCAAUCUCACUUUUCAACAUAAUCAAAAGAUUGGCGUAAUUGGUAGAACUGGAUCCGGUAAAAGUUCUUUAAUCGCCGCUCUUCUUCGUCUAUAUGAACCACAAGGUGAAAUUGUAUUGGACGGUAUAGAUUUAACAAAGUUACCUUUAGGAAAAGCGAGAUCUGGUAUUUCAGUAAUUCCCCAAGAACCUUUUCUUUUCAAUGGCUCCAUCCGAAAGAAUAUUGACCCUUUCGAUGAAUUUGAAGACGAAGAAAUUUGGACAGCUUUAUAUAAGACUCAAUUAGUUGAUAAAUUCGCGAAAUCAGUAGAUAAAUUGAACUUUUCAAUCCAAGAAAGGGGAAAUAACUUAAGUGUUGGUGAAAAACAAUUAGUGUGUUUAGCUAGAGCGAUGUUAUCAAAACCAAGAAUAUUAGUUAUGGACGAAGUAACAGCGAACAUUGACGAAAAGAUUGAUAAAAUCAUUCAAGAAACGUUGAUGGAACAUUUUACGAAUUGUACAAAAAUCGUAAUAGCUCAUAGAUUGAAAACUAUUAUUGAUUCGGAUGUUAUUGUUGUGCUACACGACGGCGUCGUUCGGAAGGUUGAUGUUCCAGAUAACAUUAUAACAGAGUCGGGUUGCCUUGAUGAUAUUGAAUACUAAAUUUGACCUCUGCAAGAUUAUGGCUUCAAUUUUUCUGUGAAAGGUGUUGUUUGUUAUAGAUUAGAUGAAGCUCUUUUUAGGUUUUCGAAUUGAGUGCUUUAAUUGUUAUUUUACAUUGCCACAUUUGUUUUCUUUUGCGUUUGCUGUGGAUGUUCGAUAAUGCGUAACUAUUGUUGUGUUUAGUUAGUACAUAUUGAAAAUGUCUUUAUUUAUUAAUUUUUCAAUGAAUCGGGUAAUGAAAACUUGAUUGAUCAACUUUAAUUGUGUUUUUGAUUGCGUUUGUUUGAUAUUAUUAAAUA